AUGCAGGCAACUCGAGUUGUUCUGCAGGAACCCCUACGCUUGGCAAAAAUCCUUGAUCCCUCAGAGCAGGUUGGACAUGGAAAUUAUCUCUCAAUGUCAAAGAUUAUUGGGACACUCGGGCCAAAGUCGCGUGCAGUGGAGACAAUUGAGGGCAUGCUGAAAGCCGGAAUGACAGUCGCGCGAAUUGAUUUUUCAUAUGGAACACCGGAAUAUCAUCAAGAAACAAUGGAAUUCUUGAAGCAGGCUGUUCGCAAUACCCGAACCCUUUGUGGUGUUAUGAUGGAUACACUUGGGCCAGAGCUCCAGAUUAUAAACAAGAGUGAAACUCCAAUUGCUAUUGAUGUAGAUGCCUUUGUCACCUUGACACCAGAUCAAAGUAAAGAAGCGUCUUCGAAGUACCUGCCAAUAAACUUUCAAAACCUUGCUAACGUAGUGAAACCAAAAGACACAAUCUUUGUUGGGCAAUACCUUUUUACAGGAAGUGAAAGCACCUCAAUAUGGCUUGAGGUGAAUGAAGUGAAGGGCAAUGAAAUCGUGUGUCGAGCUAAAAACGCUGCUACCUUAGCCGGGCCACUUUUCACCGCACUGGCUUCUUCAGUGCGCAUUGAUUUACCAACACUAAGUGAAAAUGACAAGAAGGUCAUUGCUUCGUGGGGUAAAGCAAAUAGGAUUGACUUCCUGUCUUUGUCGUAUUGCCGACAUGCAGAAGACGUGAAACAGGCUCGGGCACUUCUUACAUCACUAGAGCUUACCAAGACACAAAUUUUUGCGAAGAUUGAAAAUGCCGAGGGUCUUAAGCACUUUGAUGAUAUACUCAAGGAAGCGGAUGGGAUUAUCCUUUCUCGCGGGAACCUUGGAAUUGAUCUUCCGUCCGAAAAGGUGUUUCUCUUCCAAAAAGCUGCUUUAUACAAAUGUAAUAUGCUUGGAAAGCCAGCAGUAAUUACGCGUGUUGUUGAUACAAUGACUGAAAACCCCAGGCCGACGCGUGCGGAGGCUACAGAUGUUGCUAAUGCUGUUCUUGAUGGAAGCGACGCUAUUUUGCUAGGAGCGGAGACAUACAGGGGAAAUUUCCCUAUCCAGUGCAUUGGAACAGUUCGCCGAAUCUGCAGGGAGGCGGAAAUUGUGUACAAUCAAAGGUUUUAUUUCAAGAAAGUCCUUGAAUAUGUUGGUGAACCAAUGGGACAUCUUGAAUCUAUUGCUUCCGCAGCAGUACGAUCAGCAACUAAGGUCGGUGCGUCAAUGAUAAUUGUAUUUACAUCUGCAGGCCAAGCUGCAAGGUUGAUAGCUAAAUAUCGACCUCUGAUGCCUGUUAUGGUGGUUGUCAUUCCACAAAUCAGCACCAAUUUUAUGCGAUUUAGUUUCAGUGGGACGUUUACGGCAAGACAAUGCCUGAUUGUCCGCGGAUUAUUUCCGAUACUUGCGGAUCCUCAGGUAAGUACAAGCAAUGCUGCGAAUGAGCUCGUCUUGAAAAUGGCUAUUGAGCAUGGAAAAAUGGCUGGGUGCAUCAAGGCUAACGAUCGUGUGGUUGUAUGCCAAAAGAUUGGUGACUCAUCUGUGGUCAGGAUCGUAGAUAUGGCGGCAUAG